CUUCUCUCAUAAAUCAAUCUCCCUUCUUUUCGCUUCUUCCCAUUAUCAGCUUUUCUCUUCAGCUUCUCUCUCUCUCUCUCUCUCUCUCUCUCUCUCUUUCUAAGUGUCUCUGUAGCUCUCUGGUAGCUAUCUUUGCACGCUUCCACAAAUAGAGAGAGAGGGAGAGGUCAGGAGAGAGAGAGAGAGAGAGAGAGAGAGAGAGAUGUGAGUUUCUCCGAGAGACCCUUCAUCUAUCUUCAUACUUCUUAUCAUCUUCUGUGUCAUGUCCUAAAACAAAAAAGGGAAUUCUCAAGGGAAAAAAAACAGUGAGACCCUUGUUCUUGUUCUUGUGAGAAGAAGAUUAACAAUGGCGAAUCCGAAGGAAAAUGGAGAAGCACCACAAGUGUUCCCAGUUCAGGAGCAAGAACUAAGUUCUUCGCUCCUUCUGGAUGCUCUCUACUGCGAAGAAGAGACAUGGGAAGACGAAGAAGGAGAAGGAGAAGUGGAAGAGGUUUCAGACAACACUUCUUUCUCUUCUGCUUCUCCGUUUAUUGUGCUUGACCAAGAUUUGUUCUGGGAAGACGAAGAGCUCAUCUCUCUGUUCACCAAAGAACGAGAACAAGAACAUGAACUAAGUUGUCUUGACGAUGUUUAUCUCUCCUCGGACCGGAAGGAAGCUGUAGAUUGGAUUCUGAGAGUGAAUUCCCAUUACGGGUUCUCGACUUUGACUGCAGUUUUAGCCAUGAACUAUCUCGACAGGUUCGUCUGCAGCUACAGCUUACAGAGGGACAAGCCAUGGAUGCUUCAACUAGUUGCUGUCACUUGUCUCUCUCUUGCUGCUAAAGUUGAAGAAAUCCAAGUCCCUCUUCUCGUAGACCUCCAAGUGGAGGAGACGAAGUAUGUGUUCGAGGCCAAGACAAUACAGAGAAUGGAGCUCUUGAUUCUGUCUACGCUUCGAUGGAAGAUGCAUCUGGUUUCUCCCAUUUCGUUCCUCGACCACAUCAUAAGGAGGUUGGGUCUGAAGAACAAUGUCCACUGGGACUUCCUCAAGAGAUGCGAGCGUCUUCUUCUCUCUGUUGUCUCCGAUUCAAGAUUUGUCGGCUAUCUCCCAUCGGUUCUCGCCACAGCCACUAUGAUGCACGUUAUCGAGCAAGUUGAGCCCUUUGACCCAAAAUUAUACCAAAAUAAGCUCCUUGCUGUCCUCAAACUGAGCAAGGAAAAGGUGAAGACUUGCUACAAUCUCAUUCUCGAACUCCCAGUGAAUCUCAACGAAGACCCUAUUCACAGGAAACGCAAGAUUCACGAAUCGACGCUGAGUAGUCCCAGUUGCGUCAUCGAUUCGAAGUAUUUCAGAAGCGAAAGCUCCAACGAUUCCUGGUCCGCGAGCUCCUAUCGCUGCCAUUGCUACCAAUCAUCGGUCUGUUCUUCGGCUCAAACACCGCCAUUGAAGAAGCUUAGAGGAGCUUCCGAGAAGAAGAAACCGAUGCGUUUUCCAUGGGUCAUUGUCGCAAGUCCUUGAGAUCGCGAGCUCUUAUUUUCGUUUAAGGUUGAAUUAUGAAAUAUGCUUCGAAUCCAAAAAAAACAACGAAACGUUAACGAAUUUGGUAAUUCAAAGUCAAAGUUCCAGUCACGCAUGUAUGAAAUUCCGGGAAUGCCCUUGGGGGUUAGAGAAAAGUACCCUUGGAAAGAGGGUAUAAGUGACAUUUGACUGCAUGGAGGACACGUAUAUUCUGCGUAAUUUUUUUGAGGCUUUUGUAAUUUCAGCUGUAAGUUCCGGGAACAUAAUAUUUCGAAUUAAUAUAUGGACAUUUUCUAGUUCA